CAAUACAGCUCAUUAGCCGGCCAUUUUGGUCUACACCCAGUGCACUGCGCACAGCCAAUCCAAUUAGUAUGAAGCAGGCUGACCAGGGGAGAGGAAGACUGUGAUUUCACCAGCAGCAGCAGCAGCAGCAGCAGCACCCAGGCUUUCACAACGUCUCCAAAUCCUCUAGCUGUUCAGAUCGGAUCAGAAGGCGUGCCGUGAAAGCAAGGCAGCCUUUGUUGCGAAGACAGCGACUUUUCCCCUUACUCAUCUGUGGGAGUGAAGACUACAGACUGAGCUGCGGUGCUUUUCCCAGUCCUGUGCCCUGUGGAGACUUUGUGUGCUUUCUGUGUUGUUGUCAUACCAGCUGAGUCAUCAUGUCUGAUCUGACGCCUCAGAGCGAUGCCCCAACCCCCACCACCGACAAGAUCACGCAGGCUGCCAGGGAAACCAUUUACCUCUGCAACUUUCGGGUGUCCGUGGACGGGGAAUGGCUCUGCCUUCGAGAGCUCAACGACAUUUCCCUCACGCCUGACCCGGAGCCAGCCCACGAAGACUCAUGGGAGGAUUUCACAGAUUUGGUGGAGCAAAUGCAAAUGCUUGAUGAGUUUGAAGACCCCAAGGACCCCAUCACUAUUGAGCGGCUCAACCUGAUGAACAUGGCCAAGUUGAGCAUAAAGGGACUGAUCGAGUCUGCGCUCAACUUGGGGCGAACCCUCGACUCGGACUACGCUCCCCUCCAACAGUUCUUUGUUGUGAUGGAACAUUGUCUAAAACAUGGCCUAAAAUCCAAGAAGACCUUCCUUGGACAGAAUAAGUCCUUCUGGGGUCCUUUGGAGCUGGUGGAAAAGUUAACCCCCGAAGCAGGUGAAAUCACAGCCAGUGUGAAGGACCUCCCUGGGCUCAAAACACCAAUAGGGCGAGGAAGAGCCUGGCUUCGCCUUGCCUUGAUGCAAAAGAAAUUGUCAGAUUACAUGAAGACCCUAAUCAACAGAAAGGACCUGCUCAGUGAGUUCUAUGAGCCUAAUGCGUUGAUGAUGGAGGAGGAGGGUGCUGUGAUUGCUGGGCUGUUAGUGGGUUUGAAUGUUAUUGAUGCUAACCUGUGUAUGAAGGGAGAAGACCUGGAUUCUCAGGUUGGAGUUAUCGAUUUCUCCAUGUAUUUAAAGGAUGGGGGCCACAGCAGCAAAAGCACAGAGGGUGAUGGACAGAUCACUGCAAUACUUGACCAGAAGAAUUAUGUUGAGGAACUUAACAGACAUUUGAGUGCCUCAGUGAAUAAUCUCCAAGCAAAAGUUGAUGCACUAGAAAAGUCAAAUACAAAGCUAACAGAAGAGCUUGCUGUUGCAAACAACCGGAUUAUAACGUUGCAGGAAGAUGUUGAACGUGUGAAAGAGGAGAGUUCUUACCUACUGGAGACCAGUCGCAAGGUAUUGAAAGCAGAUGGGAGUGCAGAUGGACAGGUUCCAGGAGAGGCUCGGAAACAGAUCAGGGAUGAAGCUCAGCAUUCGCAGGAUGUGGAGAAGGAUGUGGAGAUGCAGACUGGUGUGAAGCAGGAGAUGGAGCAGUCCAUGAAGUUUAUGGAGAAGGACAUCUGUGAGAAGCAAGAUGCUCUGCAGGCACUCAGGCAACAGCUGGAAGAUCUGCGGACACUCAACCAAGAGCUCUGCCACAAAUCACAGAGCUCUGAUUCGUCCACGAAACAGAAGAGUGAAAUCGUCAGCCGCGUGGACGAGAAGGCAAACCAGAUCGCAGCAACAAUUAAACAGCUGGAGCAGAGUGAAAAAGACAUGGUGAAACAGGCCAGAAGCCUUAAUUCUGCAGCAGGAAAAAUCCUUCAGAAGCAGCAUUAGGCCACAAAAACCAUUUAAAUUUUCCUAAAUCUGAUGUUGACUUUGAUUAUAAACUAUUGUGUAAUAUAGAUCAUGACAAAGUUAGGACAUUGAUUUACAGGUUUUACAUCCAUCCGUUUUCUUUUAUGAGUCCUUUUUCCGCAAGCCUCUUGAGAUUGCGGUGCCUUUGCACCUGCUUUGAGUAGUGGAAGCUCAGCCCUUUACCUGUUUCUGUUCUUCCUCCCGAUGUGAGAAAAGUACUGUUGGCUGAGGGAGAAACGCAGUGGAAUACUAGGAACGAAUGCGUUUGCUGGAGAACAAUUUAGCCUUGAGCCAAUCCCCUACGAUGUGUCUGCGUCCGCUUCUGCUACACCAGACGUGGCUAGUGGAGUGUAGAAACGGGGCCGUCUUGCGCUGCCAAGUUGCUCCAUGAAACCUUGCCUUCUCUAAAUGCCUCACUGUAAGACGGACGGUAGCUCAGCAAACAGAAUGUGCGUGCCCACUCCCUGUCUUUAUAAAAAAAAAAAAUAAGGACAAAACCGCAACUACUGACUCGGUUCUUGGGUUUAAAGAAAUGUAGAAACACAAGCACAUGUUUCAGCAUGACCCUUCCACGGCAGUUUAUUCUGGUAGUUUGCUUCAGCAGAGAUGUUUGUAGUGCACCCAGGAAAUAAUAUUUUCACGAAGGACACACAAUUUGCUGGUGUGAUAUGUGCAUAUGGCAUGAUCUGAAGCCCAACUUUACAUAAAAAGAUUAUAUGUUGUGGUUUGGGAAUAUUUCGUUUGAACCCCAAAAUUCCAUUGUUUUUUUUUCUGGUGAAACAGUCAGUUUCAGCAAAGCUUAAAAGUGAACUUUGCAGUAUAUAAUUAAGAUCAUUUAAAGCUCAAUAAAUUUGAGUGAACAGUAAUGCCAAAAAUAUGUUGUAAUACUUAGCAGUUGGAAACAAUUUUAAAUGCUUCUUUUCCAAUUAGCUGUUUAAUGUUUUAACUUUUUAUUUGCAAAAAACAUGUAUGUCUGUUUACUAUUUCCUUUUUUCUGCAAAUUUAAUAUUUACAUAUUUAAAGGCUGCUAAUUUUGUUAGUUUGUUUUAUUAGACAGGUUUUUGUUUACAUUUUGUCAGCUAGAAAGCAGUUGGAGCAUUGUGUGGAGACAUAUAACCAGUUAUAAUAAAAUUACUAAUUCAGGUUUUGCUUUUUUCCUAUCUGCUGGUCAAUCGUGCCUAAAUUACAUUGUUAACUCAUAUGAGUAGGAACAGGUGAAUGAAACAUGCAAUUCAAAACUCAAGAAUCUAUAUAGUUGCAGCACAUUAACUUAAGCAAUCCAAAUGAAUAAGUAAGGUUAAUUGUUCUUAUGAAAGUCAUGGCUGGGCUGAUAGUGUACUUAUAGCUUAAAGGAAAAGUGGAAAAUGUAUGUUUAUUUAACUUCAAUGUAAACUGUAGUGAAAUAGCAUAAUAAAACAUGAAAC